AUGCCUCCGAGAGGACUGCGCCUAUUUGGUUAUUAUAUCGCGAACCCUAGAUUGGAAGCCUAUCAAAGGUAUCUGGGUGAAUGCCCUAUAGAGGAACAUAGACAAUCUAAAUGGACCACCGCCAGAAGGGUGGACCAUAAUGUACAACAACAGAAUCAAGAAGAACGGAGAAGGGAUCUUAAAGAGGAAGACAGCAAUACGGGCGAUAAUGCGGUAUUGUUCGUGCUGGUUAGCCGCAGGCUGUCUCCGGCUCCUGCCCUGAAUGUCCUUGCCUUGGGUCCGCUGGGGUACGCCCAAGUAUACCGAAACGCACGUGACAACGCUAAUCCCUAG